AUGUACUCUCCGGUGAAGGAGAAGGCCGCCAACAGAGGCACUUACGUUUGCCAGUCACCUCUUCUCCUUCGCUGGUUCCGUCAAAUGGUCACUGCAUCCAAAGCGAAGCUUUUUUUAGGUAAGAAUCAGGAGGUUGCAAUUGUUGUUCUUAAAGGACAUGCAUGCAUUCAUAUUUUGUUCUUGAGUGCAAUUGUUGAUUCAUCUGAUGAAUUAUACACGGAACUUGCAAUACUGUUGGCACUUAUGGUUGGGAUACUGGAAUGCAUAAUGGGGCUCUUGAGGCUUGGCUGGCUUAUUCGUUUUAUUAGCCACUCUGUGAUUUCUAGAUUUACGACAGCUUCAGCCAUUGUUAUUGCCUUAUCACAAGAAAAAUAUUUCUUGGGGUAUGAUAUAGUACAAAGUAGUAAAAUUGUGCCACUAAUCAAGAGUAUAAUAUCUAGUCUAGACAGGUUCUCAUGGCCCCCUUUUGUGAUGGGAUCUGUCAUUCAUGCAGUACUUUUGAUUAUGAAGCACUUGGGAAAAUCAAGGAAGCAUUUACGAUUCUUGCGAUCAGCUGGUCCCCUCACAGCUGUUGCUUUGGGUAUAGCUUUUGUGAAAAUAUUUCAUCCAUCUUCCAUUUCUUUGGUUGGAGAUAUACCUGAGGGCCUCCCAAAAUUUUUUGUCCCCAAAAAUUUUAGUUAUGCAAAGUCUUUGAUUCCUACCGCAAUGCUUAUUACUGGUGUUGCUAUAUUGGAAUCUGUUGGAAUUGCUAAAGCAUUGGCUUCAAAGAAUGGAUAUGAGUUGGAUUCAAAUCAAGACGUGUGUUGA